UGAAGAAAUCCCAGAUCACACUUGUAGGCGAAUCACCGCGACGUUGGCAAGCUAAAUUUAUGCGUAGAAUCACGUCAUCUGGUCUAAAAGUCUCGCACCGAACUGCAUAUAUGCAGGCCAUCAAAUCAACGUCACUCCAUUAUAAAGUUGUUUUUGACGACAACGCAAACGUGUCAGUUUGUCAUUUCACGAGGUUGGAGUAAAACCACGUUCAACUACUUAGAUAGGUUGUGCCAUUAGAUUUCAAGACAAUUAACAACUAAGGAAGAUUUUUUGAAAUCUCUCAUUGACUUUUAUUAUUUUAUAGAGUUAAAUGCUAGCACAGUGUAAUUGAAAUUUGCAAUCAUCUUUCGAUGAAAUGAUGUCAGCGAACGGACUGUCGACCAGAAUUCAGCAGUUUUUGGAUCCCCACGCGCUGGCACAUACUCCGAGCCCUUUCCACCGCCUCGGCCAGCAGAUGCAGGACAUCUUGGGCGAUGGAGGGAUCCUGAAGGAAGUGGUCCAACCUGGAGAAGGCCCACCAGUGCCAAGAGAUUCAUCUGUAUCAAUCCAUUUCUCUGGAUUUUUGGAGUACUCUGACCGACCAUUUGAGACCACCAGCCAUCUGAAGUACCCUCGAAUGAUGAAGCUUGGAAGAGACGUGACUCUGUGUGGCCUUGAGCUUGGUAUUCUGACCAUGAGGAAGGGAGAGUUCUCUCGUUUUCUCUUCCUGCCUGAGUACGCCUAUGGAGCGAUGGGCUGCCCUCCACUCAUUCCUCCUGUAGCCACUGUGCUCUACGAGGUGCAGGUCCUCGACUUCCUCGACUCGGCCGAAGUGGAUGAGUUCUUCGCAAUGAGUCCGGAGGAGCAGAACACGGCUCCUCUGUCCAUGCUCCUCAACGUGGUCGACACAGAGCGCAGCUUUGGCAACCGCUGCUUCAACCACAGUCGCUUCGAGGACGCCAAAGAUCGCUACAAGCAGGCUGUCACUCUGCUGGGGAAUCGGAAGGCGGAGGAUGAGGAGGAGAAGAGGAGCAUUGUGGCGGGGCAGCUGCCCAUCUACCUCAACCUGUCGUUGACCCAGCUCCGCCUGGACAGGCCCCUGAAAGCCCUGGAGUAUGGCCACAAGGCCUUGAAGAUCGACCCCAACAACACCAAGGCCCUGUUCCGCUGUGGUCAGAUGUUUCAACCAGAGGGUUUUCCUCAGGCCUAUUUGGAGUUGUUUGACUUUGAGAAAGCCCAGGAUUACCUCAUGAUGGCUCAGGCCAACAAACCUUUUGACGUCGACAUCAACAAUCUCCUGAGGAAGCUUGCCAUACACUACAAGGACUGUUUGGACAAAGAGAAAGAGCUGUGCUCCAAGAUGUUUGCUGACUUUGUGAAGAAGUGAAGGUGAUGGUGUAUGUGGAACUUAAAGUCAACACCAAAGACUCUCACAAGCCUCACUACAAUAUGUAGAUAUAUUCACUUUGAUUUAAAGUUUUUUUGUUCAUAAUGUACCAAAAUGUAGAAAGCUAUUCUGUACACCAAAUCCAACUGCAAUUGGACACAGAGUGAAAUUAUAGAGUGAAAAAAUGUAUUUUUGUGUUCAUCUUACAAUAUUUUCAGGGGCCAUGGUUGUUUAUUGAGAUAUAUUCAAGAAGUAAAGCCUCUUUCCAAAACA